AUGAGCUCUUGUAGGGAUCCUCCCAGGGACAGGAGUUCUCCCAGGGCCCGUGCCAUGGGCGGUGGCACCCCUACAGGCUCAUCUAGGGACAUUGGCCCUCUCAGGGGCUCUCCCAGGAACAGCAGCGCCCGCGGGGACCGAGCCAAGGGCGGUAGCGCAAGCCAGGACGCUUCCAAGGACAAGGACGCUCCCAGGGGCCCUCCCAGAGAUGGCGGUGCCCCCAUUGACUCUCCCAGUGACAGCAGCGCCCCAGGGGCCCUCCCAUGGACGACGGCACACCCAGGGGCCCUGCAACAGGCGGUGGUGCCCCCAGGGACCUUGCCAGAGGCAGUGGCGUCCUCAAGGGCCUUGCCAGAGGCAGUGGCGCCUUCAGGGGCCUUGCCAGUGGUGCUGGCGCCCCCAAGUUCUCUCCCUGGGACAGUGGCCUUCCAAGGGGUCCUCCCAGAAACGGCAGCACUCCCAGGGGCUUGGCCAAGGGCAGUGGCGCGUUCCCAGGGGCUCUGCCAGCGACAGCGGCGCUCACAUAGGUUCUCCCAAGGACAUUGGUGCUCCCAGGGUCUUGCCAGGGACGGUGGAGAACCCAGGGGCCCUCCCAGGGAAAGCGUUGCACCCAAGGGCCCUCUCCAGGAUGGUAGCCAGGGAGAGCAGAGCUCCCAGGGCUGGCGCCGACCCCAGGGACCGUACCAAGGGUCCCGGUGGGCCCUACGACAUGCUUAA